UCUGGGGUACGUUCGCGGGCCUCUCUAUCGUAUCCGGAUUAUUCAAAUUCGUGCAAUAGAUAUCAGACCUCAAGGCAGAAAAUGUUUGUUUACUCUAAACGGCCAUUUGGACUAUAUCUCUUCAUCCGAUGAUCAGACCAUCCGUAUCUGGAAUAGCACCUCUCGAAAUUGUAUCGCCAUCCUGACAGGCCACUCGCAUUAUAUCAUGUCAGCUUUCUUCCACCCGAAAGAAGACUUGGUCGUUUCCGCUUCUAUGGAUCAGACUGUCCGUGUCUGGGAUAUCUCUUCACUUCGCAAGUCGCCUUCCCGCAACAACGCCGGUAUGGGUGGCCCUGGAGGACCACCGGGAACUGUGGGAAACUUUGAUGCAUUCGACUCUUUCUCUACAGUCAAAUAUGUUCUCGAAGGUCAUGAUCGGGGUGUCAAUUUUGCCUCCUUCCAUCCAACGCUACCCCUGAUCGUCUCUGGUGGUGAUGACAGACAAAUCAAGCUAUGGAGGAUGAGCGACAACAAGGCAUGGGAAGUCGACACAUGCAGAGGUCAUUUCAACAAUGUAUCCAGCGUUUUAUUCCACCCCAAGCACGAAUUGAUUGUCAGCGCCGGAGAAGACAAGACAAUUCGAGUGUGGGACAUGGGAAAGCGUACUGCGAUCCAAACAUUUAGGAGAGAACACGACAGAUUCUGGGUUCUGGUCGCACAUCCCGAGUUGAACCUUUUCGCAGCUGCCUUUGCAGUCUUCCAAGAUCAACUCUAUUACAUUAGAGAUAAGUAUGUGCGCCAGCACGAUUUCAACAGCCAAACCGACAACGGCCUCCUCUCUGUACGCAAGUUGGGCUCUGCAUAUGUUCAGCCCAAGACUCUGGCAUAUAACCCCGCUGAAAGGAGCGUAUUGGUCACUACGAGCUCAGAUGGUGGCAUGUUUGAACUUGCCAGUCUUCCCAGGGAUACAAGUGGGGCAGAGGUGAAAGACUCGAGCACCGAUGGCAAGAAAGGGCCGGGAACUGGUGUGGUCUUUGUAGCCAGAAAUCGAUUUGCCGUCUUGGACAAGGCAAACCAGACAAUCGAAAUCCGUGAUCUCAGCAACGCAAUCACCAAAGCCAUCAAACCGCCAGCGGUAACAAACGAUAUAUUCUACGGGGGAACAGCAUCUCUCCUUCUAAGCACUCCUACUUCUGUCAUUCUCUACGAUAUUCAACAACAAAAGACUCUUGCAGAAAUCAACUCACCGCCGGUGAAAUAUGCCAUCUGGAACACUGACAAUAGCACGGUAGCUCUGCUCAGUAAACAUACCAUUACUUUGGCGAGCAAAACGUUGGCGCAGAGCAGCCUCAUCCACGAAACCAUCAGAAUCAAGUCAGGAGCUUGGGAUGAUAUAGGGGUCUUCGUCUAUUCUACACUAAACCAUAUUAAAUAUGCUUUGCCUCUGGGGAUAAAAGGAAAGAAGAUCCAUUGCUUAGAUCGUUCUGCUAAACCUCGUGUAAUUGACAUGGACCCGACCGAGUACAAGUUCAAGCUUGCUUUAAUCAAGAACAAUUACGAAGAAGUUUUGAGAAUUAUACAAACUUCAAAUCUUGUUGGACAGAGCAUCAUCUCCUACCUUCAAAAGAAAGGGUUCCCAGAAAUCGCCCUUCAUUUCGUCCAAGACAAGAACACUCGAUUUGAAUUGGCUUUAGAGUGUGGAAAUCUUGAUGUGGCCUUGGAGACCGCAAGGGCGAUGGAUAAACCUGAUCUCUGGAGCCGCCUUGCAUCUCAAGCCUUGGCUCAAGGAAAUCACAAGAUUGUGGAAAUUGCUUACCAAAGGACGAGAAACUUCGACAAGCUCUCCUUCUUAUACCUCGCCACUGGUAGUACAGAUAAACUAGCCAAGAUGCAAAAGAUUGCGCAAUCAAGAAAAGACCCAAUGUCGCGCUUCCACAACGCGCUGUAUGCAGGGGAUAUUGAGGCGCGAAUUGCGAGUAACGGACUCGAUGCCCUCGCUGAAGAAAUCUUGAGAAAGGCAGGGAAAACAGAGGCCGAUUUGGAAGAUCUUCCAGCUAUCUCGUCAUCUACGUUAAAACCUCCACCUGUCAUCACUCCCACUACAUCGUUGACUUGGCCUCAAAUUGCCACCACUGAGAACUUCUUCGAAAAGGCUUUGGUCAACGGCCACCUUCCUGCUGCACCGGAAGGAUCGUAUGUCAAUGGCCUCGAUGACAUGGUCAAUGAUGAUCGCGUCAGUGAGCUAGAGCUAUGGGUCAAGAACUCUCCUUUCGCGGCCGAUCAUAUUGCGGCCGGCUCGUUCGAAACUGCAAUGCAGUCCGGAGUGGUCAACUUCGAACCCCUCAAACCACUCUUUUUGGCUGGUUAUCGCGCUGCUCAUGUCUAUUUCUCGCCAAAUGCCGCACUGCCGCCAAUGCAGUUACAUCUUCGUCGCAACCCCGAAAUCUCUUCUCCCACAAGGGUAUUACCAGUUGCCCGUUCCCUCAAGGCGGCUACACAAGAAUUCCAGGCUGCCUGCAAGUUUGUUUCAGCCUAUAAAUUACCAGAGGCAAUAGAAGCUUUCCGAGCGUUAUUGCAAGUGUUGCUCUUGACUGUAGCAAACGACCAGGAAGAGGCCUCGAAGCUACGGGAACUUGUUACCAGCACUCGGGAAUAUCUACUCGCAAUGAUAUUGGAGGAUACGAGAAGGGACCUUCCCGCAGAGGACCAAAAACGAAGCUUGGAAUUGGCUGCCUAUUUUACACAUUGCAAACUGUUACCACAGCACGCCAUUCUAGCUUUACGGAGAGGAAUACAGGGCGCCACGAAAGCCAAAAACUACGCCACAGCUGCUCGUUUUGCCCGAAGAUUAGUCGAGCUAAAUCCAGAUAAGGCUACUCUUACCAAAGCUAAAGAGGUGAUCGCCACAGGCGAUAGGAACCCUAGAGAUGCCGUUGACUUCGACUACGACGAGUACACUGACUUUGAAGUGUGUGCAGCAUCGUUAACGCCGAUAUAUAAGGGCUCUCCCAGCGUGCGAUGUCCCUUUACUGGUGCUGCUUUCCAACCUCAAUUCAAGGGUCAACUGGACCCAUUGAGUCAGCUCACAGAGAUUGGCAGACCGUUGGGGAUGGGGCACAAGCUUUCGCCACCUCCAGCGACGCCGUCGCUUUUACCAAGACACAGGGUCCCAACUCUAAUGUCCACUACUAUUCCACUUCGUUCUCUGGCGGUCCUGGGUGGCGUUUUUGACACCCCCGUGGAUAAAUGCCCUCCUGUAGGGUCGAUGGGAUACGUGACAGGUAUCCCAUCGUCGGUUUAUUCCAAAAAUCCCGCAAUGAAAGUGAACACAGCUGAAAUCAGCCCCUACCCUUCGCCUUCUACACCCCCAUCCGCGCCAAUACAUUUCGUCAAGCCUCGUCAAUCCAGCAAUAAUCAACUGGCCACUCCUCCGCUCACGCCAGAAAAUACCAUUGCAAUUCCACACCCGAAGAAACAUUCAGUCUUGGCCGAGAACCUUUUUAUAGAGAAUACCAACACGAUUACAAAGUUCUGUGCUCCCUUACAAAUUGUAUCCAAUAGCACUACCUGGGACGCAUUUGUUUUGGAUCUUCCCAAUCGCCCAAAGACACUUUAUGUUGACGGCCAAGCUGUGCGGCUUGCCGACCUCAGAGAAAGUGUCGUUGCGCUUCUUGAUGUGGCAGAUGAACAAUUAGAAUGCUCCUCGGUGAUUUUUGCAUUGCCCCGCAGCGCAGAAGGCCUGGAUGAUCUCAUUCACUCCCUCAUGUACGUUGGAGGUCAGCUGAAAUCUGAUUACAUGAGAGAAGCAUAUGUGCGAUUCCGCAAUAAACACCAAAAACGUUAUCCGCCUCAUAUCCUAUAG